AUGUAUCCAAGCACCCUCAUAGUCAUUUCACUACUCAUCAUGCCCCUCGUCUUCCAUGCAAUCCAAAAGUGUGGUGCCACACCCUUCGUGGCAUGGCGUAUCGCCUACUUCGUUCCGGGCAUGAUGCACAUCGUGAUGGGCCUGCUCGUGCUCACCAUGGGGCAAGACCUCCCCGACGGCAACCUUGCGAGCCUCCAGAAGAAGGGAGACAUGGCCAAGGACAAGUUCUCCAAGGUCCUUUGGGGAGCCGUCACCAACUACCGGACAUGGAUCUUUGUCCUCCUCUAUGGCUACUGCAUGGGGGUCGAGCUCACCACCGACAAUGUCAUCGCCGAGUACUACUACGACCACUUCCACCUUGACCUUCGCGCCGCUGGCACUAUCGCUGCUUGCUUCGGCAUGGCCAACAUCGUCGCGCGUCCUAUGGGAGGAUACCUCUCCGAUCUUGGUGCUCGCUACUUUGGUAUGCGUGCUCGCCUUUGGAACAUUUGGAUCCUCCAGACAGCUGGCGGUGCUUUUUGCAUCUGGCUCGGUCGCGCCUCGGCCCUCCCCGCCUCGGUGACUGCCAUGGUCCUCUUCUCCAUCUGCGCCCAGGCUGCGUGUGGUGCUGUCUUUGGCGUCGCACCCUUUGUUUCUAGGCGAUCCCUUGGCAUCAUCUCUGGGCUGACCGGCGCUGGUGGCAACGUGGGUGCGGGACUCACACAACUUCUCUUCUUCACUUCGUCGCAAUACUCCACUGGCAGGGGUCUUGAGUACAUGGGCAUCAUGAUCAUGGCAUGCACUCUCCCCGUCGCUCUCGUUCACUUCCCUCAGUGGGGCUCUAUGUUCUUCCCAGCCAGCGCCGACGCCACCGAACAGGAGUACUACGCCUCCGAGUGGUCAGAGGAGGAGAAGAGCAAGGGUCUCCAUAUCGCAGGACAAAAGUUUGCUGAGAACUCCCGAUCGGAACGCGGCAGGCGCAACGUCAUCCUUGCCACAUCCGCUACGCCACCCAACAACACGCCCCAACACGUAUAAGAUCCAAAUUUUCUUUUACCUAAGAUAUGUACAGCUUGCGGAGUAUAUAUACACAUCGUA